AACGCGCUGAGCCACCGGAAGUGGAGCGUUCACAGCGUUCAUGUGGGUCCGUGUUGACAACAAAAAGUGGAGCCGAAAACAUUGAAGUUUGAAGACUCGGAGGGGAUAAACACAGACUUAAGAACAGAAAAUGUCGGACAACGAGGAUAACUUCGAUGAUGGAGAUUUCGAUGAUGCGGAGGAAGACGAGGGAUUAGAUGAUCUGGAAAACGCGGAAGAUGAUGACCAGGAGAACGUGCAGAUCCUCCCAGCAGGAGAGGGCCAGCAGGCGAACCAGAAGAGGAUCACCACACCGUACAUGACCAAGUAUGAGAGAGCCAGAGUUCUGGGGACACGAGCUCUGCAGAUAGCGAUGUGCGCUCCAGUUAUGGUGGAGUUGGAAGGAGAAACAGACCCCUUACAAAUAGCUAUGAAAGAGCUAAAGAGCAGAAAGAUCCCGAUCAUCAUCCGCAGAUACCUUCCUGACGGCAGUUAUGAGGACUGGGGCUGCGAUGAGCUCAUCAUAACCGAUUAAGCGGCUCAUCCAGUCUGCUGCGCUCGUACAACAGCGUGUGGUGGUUUAACACCCACCAUCGUACCAGGUCUGUCGGCUACACAAACCCAGAAGAGUCCCCAAAGCCCAACAUUACCUCACCUACAAGCUUGCUAAUAGAUGCGGUCCAGAUGUACUUCAGGGUGACACUGAAAUAUGAAUAACUGAGAAACAGACCCACUGGAAGACUCAUGGAAAUCAAAACACUCACAGGUUUACAAUCCUGUGAACUGACUUAUCAUUACGUUGUUUGUGCAUUCCACACAAUUCAGGUCAAAUUUAUGUUAGAAACUGCCAUGUUAGUCAUUUUAGUAGCUGCAGUACAACUAAGAGCCACAAGGGGGAAACAUAACUUUAAUCAAACACUUGAUCCUGUGUUGUAAGUUUUACAUUUGUUGUUUUUGAUGAGUGGUAAUUAGUGUAAAGUAACAGUUUUAUUGUUACAAAUAAACUCUUUUGUAUAAAUUGUA